AUGGAAAUCGGAAAACUUACGCAGCACAUACAAGCUAUGUGGUUUCAUGUCCUCUUCAGCAACAUCGCCACUCAAUACAAUGCGGGAGACUGUGCAACGCGAAGUGUAACUCUACUACUAUCAAUAAUACAGUACGAUAUUGAAGCGCAGACAUUCCACCCGGCGAGGGAAAUGUAUAAAGGUCAUCGAAGGAAGCAGUCGGGGGACUUCGCCUACAUCAACCUGCUUCUACGUCUGGUUACUCAAUAUCUGCGGUUCAAUAGCAGGAUCGCCUCAGUCUUAGAUUUCAUUAAUUCCUUCAUUGUUCAAUACCGCAUGGCAGUUCGUAAGGAACUUAAGGCGAGUAAUUACCCACAUUUGGUGCAUCGGCAUCAACAUCGGAUUCAGCAAAGACCAGUGGUUAAGCGAAAUGCACAACCAAUAGCAAAGCCACAUCAGAAAAGUACGGCUAAACCAAGUAAAGCCGCCGUAACUACUAUUCAAUCCAACACAAGAUCUGGGGUAGACAAUAUGACAGAAGAAGAGAAUGAUCCAACAAAAACUAUUUUCAAUACUCAAGUCUCCGACCGUCCAUACCUACUUACUGGCGAAAUCACCGUUAUGGACAUCGAGACAAGGGCCAAAUCAAAAGUGGAUGUCUUGCUCGAUACCGGGGCUGAAACAUCGUUUAUCGACAGCUCACUCGCGAAGAGGUUACACCUACCCAUUUUUGAGCAAAAAACUGUUAGACUACGUACUUUUGGAGCGAAAGAAGCCAAGUGCGAAAAAUGUGGGCUAGUUAAACUGGAAGGAUGGGAUGAAGAAGGAACGAAACAUCUCCUCGAUUUGUUAACAUAUUAA